UGGGUGUCGAGGACAAGGCGACCGCGACGCUCAAGGGAGGCGACGAGUGAAGCGUGUGAAUCCGACUCGGGGGCGGCCGAGGGCCUCAUAAGGAAAGCGGGAGUCGCUGCGCCAAGAGCCAAGAGCGCAGGCUUGGCAUACCAGGCCCGCCAAGAGAUCUCGAUAGGAGCCGCGAUUUAAGAGUUAAAGGCGAGUUCUCCACCAUGCCGCUCGACGACGCCGACCCCAGGUCCCUUGUGCCCCUCCACACCCUCCAACACGCCCUCUACCGCCAACUCUACCCCUUCGACAUCGCCAACGACGGCGACCACGCCUUUCAAUUCAUGACCCAACCCAUGCCCUCCCCCCGUCCCGCCGACCCUUCCCUCUCCCCCCCGCCCCUCUCUAACACCGGCUCCUCCAAGGCCUCGACGACCUCCGAGCCCCACACUCCCCUGCAGUCCGCCCCAGCCCAGACCGACGAAAACUCCCCUCGCCACGAAUGCCAGUGGAUCGACUGCGACAGAGUCUUUGCCGACCCCGAGGGGCUCUACAACCACCUCUGCAACGACCACAUUGGCCGCAAGAGCACAGGAAAUCUCUGUCUGACCUGCAAAUGGAAGGAGUGCGGCACAACCUGCGCUAAGCGUGACCACAUCACCAGCCACCUCCGAGUGCACACGCCCCUCAAGCCACAUGUCUGUGUCAUCUGCAAGAAGCCGUUCAAACGGCCUCAGGACCUUAAGAAGCAUGAGAAGAUCCAUACCGAGGAGCACCAUGCACAGCACAAGCACUCCAAGGCCAUCACUGUUGCUGAUCCGUCAUACAAUUCCCGCGUCCGCGGAGACCAUCUUUCGUCCGCGGAGGCUCUCCCUUCCCAUGACAAGAAGGCGUUUUCUCAGCAGCUGCCUUCUGUCGCCGGCAUGGACAAAGUUCAGCCCCCGGUCGCACGCGCCAAGAGCAAUUCCUUGUCCGUCUCUGACCGUUCCUCUGGCGCAGGGUAUGGGCUUCUAGCCACGCCUUCUCCCGAGAUCCACCAGGCCGCAAUUAGAUAUCCGAAUGCGGAGACUGGCUCGUCCCGGGCCCAGCUCUACCAUAUGCAGAAUCAAUUGCCCACCUGGGAGGUUCUCACGGUCGACGGUACCCCUUCCAGGACAACUGGCAGCGGGUCAAAGCGCAGCCACGACGAGUACAGCGUCGAUGACUUUUUCACUGACAUGAAGAAACGUCGCGUCAAUCCAUCGUACGACCCGAAUAUGGCGGCGCGCCUCAACACACUCGCAUACCAGCAUUCGUUGGGUUCUACUCAGUCAAUGGGGCCAGCCCCUGUUGGCAAUAGCAUGUUUAAUCCGCGAUCCGUCUCGUUCGACAUACGAAGUCCCGAGGAGUUGGCCGCCGUCAAUGAAUUCUUGAUUGCGCUCGGUCGUGACGUUGCAGGUUCAGGAGGCGUUCCCCGACAGCAGCAGCCUCACCCACAACAGCAUCAUCAUCCUAACAUGUCCUCGACGCAGCAUAUGCCGUCUCCUAACGAGGCCUCCUCGAGCACUUUCUUCGACGCAGCUUCUCUGAACCAGCUUGGUCUAGCGGGCAUGCCUGGUAUACCCACGGCACCGGGUCCUGGGUCCGGAGCAGGCUACCAUGGUGACGCUGGGUAUCUAUCUGUCGACUUUUCGUCGCACCACUUGCCACCCGUGUAUCCCAGCCGCUCAUCGCAUCAGUCCGUGCAGGCAGCACAUUUCGGUGGGUAUCCUUCGCCGCAGGAUAUGAUGUCCUCCAAUGGCUCGAUGUUCGCAUCUAUGCCAUAUUCGGGCUCGCGGACACGAGCGCAGCGCGUUUCGUCUGUCUCAUCUGACUUGGAUGAGCGCUAUCACUCGAACUAUGCGGGUUCAAGCAUGCAGCAGUCAUACGCGUAUUCGCAAGGGCAGUAUAUGUCGCCACCGCAUGAUGGGAUGCCAUAUGCGAUGCCCUCACCGCUGUCAACGAAUUCGACGAGAUCGACACCAUCUAACGCGACACCGCCGCGUCUCAGCGAUUCCGCUCCGAUGGCGUUUGUGCCUGAAGGGACUACGGCAUUCGAUGCAGUCCGGCCGACCAGGGCGCCCCCGCCUUUGCAGUUGGCGCCUUUGGAAUACGGAACGAAGAAUAUGCGUUCGAUCUCGCUCCUCAAGACCGCUCCUGGGAGUGCAGAAGCUAUCGCUGCUAGCUCGAGAAGUAGGCCGGAGCCGAUGGAGCCCAAGCUCGGAACAGGCAUUGUGCGCAGAGGCCCUCCUGCGAAGCUGACGGCAGAGGCUGUAUCAUCGAUGAUGACGAACCUCUCGCGUCCUCCGUUGCGCUCAUCGUCUAGCCAGAACGACGCCCUCUAUCCCUUGCUUACAUUUGGAGACGAGCAAUUCAAACUUGCUCCGCUCAGGAACACCUACCGCUCUCCCUCUCCGCCUGUAUCUGAAUCGACGUCCUCUCCCAUGUCUCGGGGCUCAACAAUUUCGCCGCCUCCCUCCAAGACGCAGGCGCAUCCGUCACGACACGAGUCGAGCACGCCGACCUCGAGCUCGAGUCCAAGUACGCGCUCGAGCCUUUCACCGGAGCCGGGUCCGACGGUGUUGCCGGGUAUUCGUAGUAUUGCCACGGACUCUCCGCGCGUGACGCCGCGUCGGCGGGAGACCGAGGAGCUUACGCAGGCUGUCGGCCGCAUCGAGCUCGACAGCCGAGCUGCCCGCGACGUCACUCCGGCUCAGCGGGCGGCGCACGCGCAUCUGGUGCGGGAUUUGCUGGUGUCCAUCAACGUGGAGUACCGCAAGCGCUUCGGCACGCCCCCUCCGCCACAGGAUUCGGCGCCGAGAAUACAACCGCAGGAGGAGCUGCGAGAUGUGGAGAUGGUCGGCGCAUAAGCCCAUGCGGCGUGAAAUCUCAGUCCGGUACUGCGGACGCGUUAUUGCCGUUGGACUUGUGACCAUUGGCGUAGAAAUGCUGCACCACCGCCGGAUGGUAUUUUCGACUUUGGACAUAGUGUAUAUUAGUAUAUUGGCCAUCGCCUGGGCUCCCUUUACUGAUGGCUGAACAGCAAAAAGAAACGAUGUGACCGCUUCGAGCUUAUAAUGAAUUCAAUUAUCGCCCAGCGUCGGAGAGUUAUGUGUCGCGAGAACUCACCCGGUCCGGCGUCGUUUAUAGGGCGGUUUAUCAGCCCG